UAAAGUUGUACUAAUGUCGAAAAUCUCGCGAGGUUUUCGACAUUAUCUGGCAGUCUGCGGCAUUGAUGGAAGUGCAGUUGAGUUGUUUGGUGGUAAAGAUGCUUGAGUUAUGAACAUCUUACAGACAGGAUCAACCAGUGCCCUCUAAAGAUUAGACAGGAUGUUUCAGGGUCUGGCCCAGAGACCAUGGCAUGCACUCUGUAGAUUCUAUUUGCAGCAUCAUGCAACUCGAGUCUGCCAGCCUUGCUGUGGGUGGAAAGAUAGCAGGACUACCAGAAGCCUCUGGUAUAGUUUGCCAGCCAGCUAUAUUCCUGGUACAGCAACAACAACCCAAAUCCAUUUUUACUCUUCUACCAGUGGAGAGAAGGAUGGGCCAGAUAAAACAAGUACCACGGCAUCACCAGACAAGGCAUCUGCCUCCCAGCCUAAACCUGAAGCUACUACUGCACAUGGUCCCUCAGCUACUGGCCAGUCUGCUUCUGAGUCAAUCCAUGUGAAAGUGAGAGCUGUGUUGAAGAAGAGGGACUAUGGCUCCAAAUACACAAAGAAUAACUUCAUCACAGUAGUCAGAGCCAUGAAUGAAUUUUGUCUCAAACCCAGUGAUCUGGAACAGCUACGGAAGAUCCGUAGAAGGAGCCCGCACGAUGACACAGAGGCUUUUACAGUGUUUCUGCGCUCUGAUGUGGAAGCCAAAGCACUGGAGGUGUGGGGGAGCCAUGAGGCUCUUGGCAGAGAAUGCAAGCUGAGGAAAGAAGUGGAACAAGAGUAUAAAGAAAAUUUAUUUCAAAAUCAGAAGCUGCUAAAGGAGUACAAGGAUUUUUUAGGCAACACUAAGCCUCGUUCUGGCAAGAGGUUAACAUUUUCACAAGGACCUGGGAAGGUUGUGAUGGUGGCUAUAUGCAUCAAUGGACUGAACUUUUUCUUUAAGUUGCUUGCUUGGGUUUACACUGGUUCAGCCAGCAUGUUCUCAGAAGCCAUUCACUCACUAGCAGAUACCUGUAACCAGGCAUUGCUUGCAGUGGGUAUCAGUCAGUCUGUCAAGAACCCGGACCCUGGCCAUCCGUAUGGUUUUUCAAACAUGCGCUACAUUGCAUCCCUCAUAAGUGGUGUUGGGAUCUUCAUGAUGGGAGCCGGCCUUUCAUGGUACCAUGGGAUUAUAGGCCUAAUGAACCCUCAGCCUAUUGAAUCUCUACUUUGGGCUUAUUGCAUUCUAGCUGGGUCACUGGUCUCAGAAGGAGCAACACUUUUAGUGGCGAUCAAUGAAAUCAAGAAAAAUGCUGGAAUCAGAGGAGUCUCAUUUUAUGAAUAUGUUAUGCAGAGUCAUGACCCCAGUACAAAUGUAGUGCUGCUGGAGGACACUGCAGCUGUGCUAGGAGUGAUAAUAGCUGCUAGCUGUAUGGGGCUGACUUCUCUAACAGGGAACCCCUACUAUGAUAGCCUGGGAUCUCUGGGUGUGGGAACACUUCUAGGAGCAGUGUCUACAUUCCUAAUAUACACCAAUACUGAGGCAUUGCUGGGAAGAUCCAUCCAGCCAGAGCAGGUUCAGAAGCUGACAGAGUUCCUGGAGAACGACCCUGCUGUAAGGGCUAUUCAUGAUGUAAAGGCUACAGACAUCGGGUUGAGCAAAGUGCGCUUCAAGGCAGAGGUAGACUUUGAUGGGCGAGUUGUAACGAGGUCCUACCUAGAGAAGCAAGACAUUGAACAGAUAUUAAAUGAAAUUCAGCAGGUUAAAACUCCAGAGGAGUUGGAAAACUUCAUGCUGAAGCACGGAGAGAAUAUUAUCGACACCCUGGGGGCUGAAGUAGACAGACUUGAGAAGGAACUUAAGCAACGUAAUCCUGAUGUCCGACACGUAGAUCUGGAGAUCCUUUAAUCUGCUCUGGAGCAGCUGAAUACAACCUCAACCUCUGGAGCUACCAGGACUUUAGGGAUACAGAAACUCACUCUGACGGCAGUGCGGCACUAAAGACUUGAAUGCUACUUGUUAUAAGCAAGUCUUAGGAUGUUAGAAGGACAUACCCUGUAGCUUGUUCCUGAGUUUUACAUCUUCUACCAUGUACUGAAAACACUAGACCUUGUUCCCCUGGUGUUAAUACUUGUUGAUGUUGAUUUGUGCAUUACUUGCCCUUCUAUUUAAUGUCGAAAACCGACGGAGAGACACUCUGGAGAUAAUAUAGGAUGCACAAAAGAAAUCUGUGUCCAGUAAGAAUCAAACUUAAGUAUAAACAAUGGAGGCAAAAAGGCAAGGGGAGUUUUAACCUCUUGAUGAAGUCCAUUUAAAACUAGUAGUAAUAAAGAUUGAAAAAAUAAGUGGUAAUUGUGCUUUGGUCAACAGGUAUAGCAAGCAGAGGUGAGUCUACCAUAGCAUAUUAAGUAAUGUAAGACUUACUAUUGUAACAUUGAAUUUCUAUCUGUAACAACUGUUAAUAUAUAUUGAGCCUGCGGAGCAGUCAAUGAGAGACUACUUUAAGAUACAAAUAAGACAAAUAUAAAUAUACAUUGCAAUCACGUUUAUCUGCAUUUUAGCAGAUACAGUUCUCAAAUUUCACCAGAGGCUUUCCAUUUAUCUGAUUUACUGGAGUACCACAUGCAUUGUAAAGUUUGUCUCUUUUUGAAGUGUUGGCCCAAAGACUUUUAGUGUUACUGGUUAUAUUUAUAAAUUCACACACAAAUAAUAAAAUAGAAAUAUUUUUUUAUUAUUUUUUUUGCCCAGUGUAGCAUUAUUUCCUACUUUUUUCCCUAUUUAUUAAAAGUAACCUUUUUAGUUUUAAUUGAUAUUUGAAUUUCAGGUGGUGACAUUUUUGGGACAAAAGAAAUGUCUGUAAAAUAUUUAAAAUUAAAUGAAAGUGUUUUUUUUUUUUUUUAAAGGAGAGCAUUUUUAUUUUAAAGCAAUUUGUUUUUCUUUUUUUCAAUUUGUUGUUUAUAAAUAUGCUGAAAAUAAUGGGUUGUUUUAUUCCAAGUUAGUCGUCCUGAUGACUUGCGUAUUUAUUCACAUUAGUUGAGUGCUGAGGUGUUGUGCAUAUAUCAAUCAUGUUUUAAUCGUCCCAGUGUAUGCCCUGAACUAAUACAGCUCAAAUUUUAAUUCUAGCAGUCUUUUACAUUUCCAUUGAUCAAAUCAGACAAUGCAAACAGACGUUUAGGGGUUUCUGUAUCCUAGGACGGCGAUUUAUUUAAGAUAUUAUUGCUAGUUUCAGAUCUCCCUUUUUUUUUUUUUUUUUUUUUUAAUAUAUAAAAGAAAGACCAAUGUGUAAAAGUGGUUUAUUUGUCUUCUCCUAUUGAACCCUUAAUUAUAUGAUGGAGUGUAUAGGUAUAUUCUAAUAAUUGACUAAAAUAAAAAAUUAAGUAUUUAUAAAUGUAUUCGUUUCCAGAUUAAUUAUACAUUUUUCAGACAAUCAUGUUGAUUUUUAUCCCUGUAUGGCCCCUUGAGAUGGAACUUCCUUUAUUCAUGAAUGAAUUAAUUCAUUUGAAAUCAUGCAUCUAAAAUCAAAUCACUUUUUGAUAUUAGGAAUAGUUUACAUAUGGUAAUAGGAUUCUUUUAAGUGUUGCAAGAACACAUACUGGUACUUAAACUAGGAGAGUACCAAUAUUUCAGUGCUUAUUCCAUCUUUAUGGGGGCAAGAAAAAGCACAUUCAUGUUUUCCAGUGGAAUUUUCCAGUAUGCCAGAAAUGACUGAUUCUAGCCUUGGGUAAAUAAGGACUACUUAAGGUAAUGGAUCUAGGUCUGCGGUACCAUUUCUUUGAAAAAUAUUCUUUCCAAGUAUUGGUGCCAGCAGACUUGGUAUUGUUGUACAGUGUUGAUGACAAGAAUACAUAUGUGGCUGUUUUAUAAUGCUGGUACAAACCUAUCAUUAUACAAUGAUCAUGUACUGUGAUUACUUUUGAAUUAUCUGAUAAUGCUAUAGAUGCUGUUGUCUAACUUUUCUAACACAAUUUAGAAGUCAGGACAUGGAAAAGGGCUAAAAUAAUUAAAGAAAUGGCCACACGGCCACCAAAAAGAUGACAUCUACAGUGCAUUUAAGUCUCCGUACUGUGUUUCUGUCAGUAAAAAUAUGUACAUCGGCAGUGUCUUGCCAAGUGAUUUAAGGGGUGUCCGAUCAAUUGAAUAUAUCCCUUUGUGCUUAAAAA